AUGGCGGUCUUUGGAGACAAGGGACAAGCCGAUCAACUAAGAUCAAUCCCACCGGGCCUCGACUUGGACACCACCAAGGAAGCCGAAGGACUACGAGACGUAGCCGCAGAUCUCUUCCUCGAGAUCAACCAGUACUCGCCCGAAGAACUAGCAGCAGAACGGAAAAUCGUCAAACGAAAGCUCGAUAUGAUCAUCAUGCCUAUUAUCUGCAUAACCUACUGUCUCCAGUUUCUCGAUAAGCUUAGCCUCAAUUACGCAGCUGCAUAUUCGUUCAUCCCUGACCUGCAUCUGGAGUGGAACCGCUACUCGUGGGUCGCGGCCAUAUUCAACUUCGGCUAUCUAUUCUGGGCCCUUCCAGCGAAUUUUUUGAUCCAACGAGCACCCAUAGGCAAGCUGACAGGCACCAUGAUAUUCAUCUGGAGUAUCCUUCUGGUCUCUCACGUCGGCGCGAAGGACUAUGCCGGAAUUUUGGUUCUGCGGUUUCUGCUCGGAUGUUUCGAAGCUGGCAUUUCGCCUUCGAUCAUGAACAUUGUGGCGAUGUACUAUACUCGUCCCGAACAGCCGUGGCGGAUGUGUAUUUUCCUUGGCUUUAAUGGCAUGUCUACUAUUAUCGGAUCUUUGCUGGGCUUCGGACUUGGACAUGUCAAUAACAUCGGUUUGAAGUCCUGGCAGCUGAUCUUCCUUGUCAUCGGGCUAAUGAACUUUGUGUGGAGUAUCGUAUUCCUCCUAUUUAUGCCUGACUCUGCGACCAAUGCAAAGUUCUUGUCACACAAGCAAAAGGUCGUGGCUGUAGAUCGAGUCUCGAAGAAUAUGGUCGGGGUCAAGACGAAACAGUACAAGCCCAAGCAGAUCGUGGAAGCAUUACUGGACGUCAAGGUCUGGACGCUCGUUCUGAUUGGCAUGGCUACCGGGAUCAUCAACGGUGGUGUUUCGAAUUUCGGCUCUGCCUUGAUCAAAGGAUUCGGCUUCUCGAGUAUCGACGCCACCUUACUGCAAUUGCCCAACGGCGUUAUCGAGUUCAUCGUUGUACCAUCUUGUGGUCUGAUAGCAACCUUUGGUGGGAAUGUACGAUGCCUGACGAUCAUGGUUGUCUGCCUCAUACCGCUCGGAGGUCUUCUAGGCAUCAGACUCACAAGUCUGGACCACAGAUGGGCUCUGGUCGGCUCGAGCUGGCUUCAAGGAGUGGUCGGAGCACCUAUCAUCCUUUGCUGGAACCUGAUGACCACGAACAUUGCAGGACAUACUAAGCGAAGUAUCUCAAAUGGCAUGUGGUUCGUCUUCUACGCCGCUGGCAAUAUUGCUGGAGCGAACAUCUUCAAUACUAAAGAAGCGCCGAGAUACUUCUCGGCUCUCACCGGAUUGAUCGUGUGCUAUAUUGCCACCAUCUUGCUUGCAGCAUUCCUGUGGGCGUAUAUGGCGUUAGAGAACAGACGAAGAGAUCGUCUACUUGGACCAGGAGAGGAGGUCAUCCGUGACGCGGAAGAGAAAGCUAUUCUUGAAGGCUUUAAGGACAGUACUGACAAGGAGAGCAAAGGAUUCAGAUACAGUCUGUAG